CUCGCGAGGCUGAGCGCAGGAGUAAAGUUGAGUGCCCUACCAGGUGAGUUUGUCAAAUUAACGAUGUCAACCUUGCGGACCGUUUGGUGGAACACGAUGAGAUUACCGAUCUUAUUCCGAUGUGCAUCGGCGAAAUGAAGCUCUUAAAUUUUCUGUCGGCUGCUCUCAGCGAUUAUGGGACCCUUUUUACGUAUUCUGCGAGGUACAAGGGGUUCAGAUGCACCCUUCAUAUGUUUUUACCGACUCCGAGCCCAAGUUGUGCCAUCGAUGAAUGUUCUGUCAGCGCUCCGAGCGCCAUUCAUCUUUGCGGCUUCGCAAAGACGCAGAGAGUGAAAACAUACCAAUUGGGGAAGCGGAAGCACACAAUGCACAAACCAUGCUUUAUACUGCAUGUACGUGCCACAUUCGGCUCCAUUUUGAAAUUAACGGAUUUUUGUUUCUCUUUUGCGGCGAGACGCGUCCCCCAACUGUUGGCCGCUGUGUGCUUGACAACACAAAGUCCGCGAGCUUAUAGACCGACCUCGGCAGCUGCGCAGUGCUGGCGCGCCGCGAGCUCACCUGAUAAGACAUGAGCGCACAGUGGCUGUCCAAGAACCUGGUGUACAUAACAUGAGGUACCGGCCGCCGCACCGGAAUUUAUCACUGAGCCGGGGAGCGGUGCGAGCGCGUCUGAUUCCAGCGGGACUUGCUUCACGCGAUUACAGCUAUCCUCCGGUUUUACGGAUCUUUUCGUUGCGAGCAACAUAGCCUAGGCAUCCGCCAUUGCUCAGCAUGUAAGGAGACGGCUCCGUUUCCAAAUCUUGCAGACCGCGCAUCUCGU